AUGUAUGAACAAGGAUACAAAUUUGUCAUUGGUGUGCACCCUCAAAGCCUAAAAUGUCAUGCUUCCAUUUUUCAUCAAUAUUUUUGGAGAAGAUUUUCUUUGUGGUCAAUGAAGAAAGACCCGGAUCUCGAAUCAGCUUUGUCUCGAAAUCGUAGAUGGGUGGUGAAUAAUCAGAUCAAGAACAUAAUCCUUAGAUGUCCGAAUCAAGUUGCUCCCAUUGAUUAUCUUCAGAAAAAAUUCAAAAGCCUCGAUCUUCAGGGCAAGGCACUUAAUUGGGUAAAGAAGUACCCUUGCUGCUUCGAAGUGCACCUCGAGAAUGAUAAGUAUUUUUGUCAGUUAACGAAAAGGAUGAAGUUUCUGGUCGAUGAGGAAGAAAGCGUUCGAGAUUUGCAGGAACCGGUUUUCGUAAAGCGAUUGGCAAAGUUGUUGAUGAUGAGUAGGAACAAAAGACUCAGUGUUAUGAAAAUCAAUGAAUUGAAGAGAAAUUUCGGCUUUCCUGAUGAUUAUUUGCUUCGGAUUGUUCCUAAGCACACAGACAUGUUCAGGGUCGUUAAUUAUACCGGGAGGCGAAGUUCAAUGGAUAUUGAGCUUAUAUCAUGGAAUCCAGAUUUUGCAGUUUCGGCAGUUGAGAUGUUAGCUCAGAAGGAAAAUCGCGAGCCGUGCUUUACAUGUUCUUUGCCAGAAAAUUGGAUGAAAUCAUGGGAGAGAUUUCGAGAGUUCAAUUCCACCCCAUACAUCUCACCGUACGUGGAGUUGACAGACGAAUCACUCAAAACUGACAAAAGAACCAUAGGUUUGGUGCAUGAGUUAUUAUCUCUGACUUUGUGGAAGAAAGUCUCGAUUGCCAAAUUAGGUCAUUUUAGAAGAGAAUUCUGCUUACCUGAGAAAUUAAAUGUUUUGCUUCUCAAGCAUCCUGGUAUAUUUUAUGUUUCGAACAAAUAUCAGAUUUAUACUGUUCUUCUUAGGGAAGGAUACUGUGGCUCCGAAAUGGUUGAAAAGGAUCCGCUUGUUGUUGUGAAGGAAAAGUUCGGGGAAUUAAUGCAGGAAGGACUUCAUGAGUAUAACAGAAGGCACCACCAAAUGAACUUAGAAAAGAAGAAGAAGAAUAACAAAGGUAUUGUAGCUGUUGGGGAAGAAAGAAUGAAGAGAGGCAGCCAUGAGACUGAUACCAAAGAUGAUGAAAGUGGUGAUCUUGGAGGCAUAUUUGAUGCCGAGGAAAGGAAAAGAUUUUACGACAUAGAAACGUUGGAUCUGAGAAAAUUGGAUUAUUGGGACUUAAUAUGCACCUAUUUACGUGAAGAUUCGGAAGUAUUGAAAAGAGGGCGCACAUCGGUAUGGAGCAGUGCUGAUAAGAGCGUUUGUUGUUGUUGCUUCACGAAGAUGAAGGCGAAGGAGCUACGCAAGAAGAUUGUCGAGUACCCGACCUUUGAUCACAUUAUGUACCACUCGACAGUCUCAAUCCUUCCAGUCGGCAAUCUAGGGUCCAAAUUGAAUUCUGAAUUAAGUAUGCACCUUCCAAAUGGGUCACGAGUGUUCUAUUUGAAUAACAGCACUUUGCCAUCACAGUAUGUGAAGGAGGUUAUCUGGGAUGCUGUUCAGAGUAUAUGCGGCAACAAUGUACAGAGAUGUGUAGGGAUUGUUGCUGAUAAGCAUAGACAAAAGGCGUCGGAAAAUUUAGAGCUUGAGAAUAAUUGGAUGUUGCGUAUAACAAAAUUGUCUGAAAAUCGCAAACCAGGCCUUUGGGUAGCAGUGAGGCUUCUUUUUCUCCAUGGGACUGCCUUUGGGUUCAACUUUCACCAGGCCUCCAUGGGGUGGCUUUGUGGGCUGGUGGCGGGCCUUCAGAGGGCCCAGAAGAUGGCUUACGUCGCAGCCCAGGCAAGGCUGGGAAAUCGUGAGGAGAUGGAGCUUUGUGAGGAGGAAUGA